AAUAUUUACAUUCUACAUUCGCAUAUCAUAUCGUCCAUAGUAUUUAGGAUAUCAUUCGUAAUCCACACGUUUCUCGCGUGAUAUUUUUUUUUUAAUUUUUCUUACCGUUUCGUUUUUGCUCACCUUCAACGACGGCACCUUCAACAACCGACCGCGAACCAUCGACACCGGCGUGUUAAACUCCGCUUUUUUUGUUUAUCCAGUCAUAACUGUUUCAGAAUAGACUUUAAUAAUGGAUUGCAGUGAUGAUGAAGAUUUUUAUGAUUCUGAUCAGAGUGAUGUGGGCGAACAAAGUUUACAUACCAUGCUCAAGAAAACUCUUUAUGAUAAAAAUAACGAGUAUGAAGAGUAUGGAGAACAAACCGCCGGUGAAGAAGAAGCAUUAGGUAGUGUCCAAGAAGAAGUACUUGGCAAAGUAAUAGAUAAUGGGGCUCAAGAAGAAGUUAUCUUAGGUCCUAUUAAUAAUAAAAUAGAAAAUGCAGAAAAACCUGAAAAUGAAAUACCAUCAGAUGCUGCAAUUGAAAGAAAAUUAGAUGAAGCUGAUGAAGUGGUUUUAACUUCAGAAGUUAUUGGAGAGUUGGAAAAAAAACAUUUUUUUGAUGGGCUAGAUGAUGAUAGUUUUGAACCAUUAAAAAAAAAACAAAAAAUAACCCAUGAAGAUCAAGUUGAAAAUCCUCAUAAAACUAUUGUUAUGCAUGUUCCUCAAUUCAUUCGAUGUAACAAAGGUGGUCAAAUAAUUCAAGUUCAAAACAUUGUAUGUGGUGCAAAUAUGGGCUGUCCCUUAGAUUUGGUAAGAAUCGUAAUGUGGACUAGUAACUCUGAGUAUAAUCCACAACGAUUCAAUGGAUUGAUAAUGCGUCUUCGUACGCCUAAUGUCACCAGUCUGUUAUUUCCAUCGGGCAAGAUGAUCAUGCAAGGCGCUAAAGAUGACCGAACUGGAAAUUUAGGUUGUCGAAAAGUUGCCAAAAUUUUAGAACGGCUUGGACACAAUGUGAAAUUUGGUGAUUAUGCUGUUCAUAAUAUCGUGUGCACAUGGGAUGUUGGUUUUCCUAUUAUGUUGGAAGAAUUGAAUACUGCUCAUUCACAAUUUACCAGUUUUGAACCUGAAGUAUUUCCUGCUUUAAUUUAUCGUAUGGUAAAACCCCGUGCAGUAUUUUUAAUAUUUGUAAAUGGAAAAGUAGUAUUGACAGGUCUCAAAACAAAAGCAGAUAUCAAGGAAUCUAUCUUUUUGAUGCAGGAUGUGUUAAAUUAUUUCAAAAAAACGUGAAA